AAGGCCUUCCUCUUUGCCGCCUCUUUGAUUUUGUUGUCCCGUUUCAGCGCCCAGCCGGCAACAUCUUCGUCAAACGUCUCCCAGAAUGGAUGUCCAUUGACUGUAGUGAACUAUUCGGUCGUGAUGAACAUUUUUCACUUAAAUCGCCACCGUCAUCGUCAUAUUUCAAGUCGCCUAUAGUCUGAUGUCCGUUGAAAAGAACGGUGUUCUCGGCGGCGGUUUUGCCCAGGAACACUUGCCAGCUAAUGAGACCCUAUCGCUAUGGGCGUCGUUCGAGAUACAUAAGGGCGAAGCGCGUUGAACAGACUAGCUUUAACCUCUGCUUCAGACUGUUUCCGUGUUCUUUCGCCCCCCCACCACGCGUGGGUCCCUGUCAUUCCUUUGCCGUCCGACACGCAAAACGCGUUGUUUUGAGGAUGCGUUCUGGUGUCCUUUGCCAUGCUGCUCUUGUGGCCCUCACAUUCUUUAUUUCCCUUUCCUGGGCGCAAAUGGUCUCACCGCCUCGUCGCCAUUCGCGAAUUGGUUCUCGUCGUGCUUCUCCAACUACACACUUAAACGUAAACGCGACUUACGAUGACCUUGAAGCUAGAGGACUCAGCAAACGCGCUUCCCCAUCCAAUUUGGUCUUCGCACAUUUCAUGGUGGGCUAUACCGCUGCUUACAGUAUUGCCGAUUGGGCGAACAACAUCGCCAUAGCUCAAUCUAAAGGCAUCGACGCCUUCGCGCUCAACUUCGGUCCUGACAACUGGCAAGCCAUCCAAGUAUCAAACGCCCAUAUCGCCGCCAUCAGUAGUGGUUCUUUCAAGUUGUUCCUCUCCUUUGACAUGUCUGCCUGGGCUUGCCAGUCUCCUGGUGACGCAAACGGUAUCCAACAAUUCAUCAAUGGCUAUAACGGUCAUCCGAAUGAAGUCUACAUUGACGGUAAGAUGCUCGUAUCAACGUUCGGUGGGGAGGGUUGUAGGUUCGGAACCGGGGACGUGAAUACUGGGUGGUGGAAUACCGUCAAAGCCAAUAUGCCCCCAACGUAUUUCGUACCUGCAUUCUUUGUGGACCCAGCGACCUUUGGCGGUUAUACCGCUCUCGAUGGCGUCUUCAAUUGGAACGCUGCUUGGCCGACAGGAAACUUCGAUACCAACUUUGAUUCGGACCAGUCCUAUCUUAAUAACCUUGGCGGACGCGGGUAUAUGGCUGGCGUGUCCCCUUGGUUCUUCACUCACUAUGGUCCAAAUUCGUUCAGUAAGAACUGGAUUUACAGGGCGGAUGACUGGCUGUGGGCCGAACGCUGGGAACAACUCGUCCAAAACCGAAACCAAGUGACGUUUGCUCAGGUCAUCUCCUGGAACGACUAUAGCGAGUCGCACUACAUCGGACUUGUUGAUGGUGUACAGCCGAACUCUCAAUCAUGGGUGGAUGAUUUCGAUCACCAAGGUUGGCUUGAUUUGAUGAAGUAUUACAUCACGGCAUAUAAGACCGGCGUAUACCCAAUCAUCACAAAGGACCGAGUCUUCCUCUGGGGUCGUCUUUACCCCGCUGGCGCGAACGCGCCAGAUCCGGUGCCUAGACCCACCAACUGGGAAUGGACGCAAGAUUACCUCUGGGCGGUGGUUCUCCUCCAGUCCCCUGGCUCUGUGACACUGUCUUGUGGGCCCAGCAUCCAAACAUUCUCGGUUGGGGCGGGCCUCUCGAAGCUCAAGCUACCCCUUACCGAGACCUGUAGUGUCUCAUCUCAAGUUGUGAGGAACGGCAUUACGACAGUCACCUUUUCGCCACCCGGAUUCAACUUUAACACGAACCCGCCUUCAUAUAACUUCAAUGCGUUCGUUGCUGCUUCCCCCUCGUAAACUGCUGAUGUACGUUUCUCCAUCUACUUUGAUCAAAACAUUGCGAGGCUAUUGUUACUCGCAUCCGGUCUUUUUCCAUCCUACCAUCCUUUGGCUCCUCAUUCCUACCCUAAUGCGAGUGUAGACAUAGUUCAGAUGCCAGCUGUAAUGUUGUCGUCGUACCAUUAAAGCGGAACUUGUUGUCUGCUAAGC